UCGAUUCUUCUCUCGAGAGCGGCACAUUGGACGUUGUCGUGUCGUAGGGUACGGUAGUACUGCGUUAUUUAAAGUCGUUGUGUUUGUUCAUUAUUGUCUUGUGUGUUCGCUGUUUCGCGUUUCGUCGUUUCCCGUGACGUAGUAGAGGACUCGAAUACGAUGGCAACGGAAGCGGAAAAUAACGUGCCCGCAGCCGAAACGAAAGAAAUCAAAGAGGAAACUCCCGCGGCCACUGAGAAGGCCGAAGAGGCCAAACAGGAGGCCGGCGGAGACGCGACCGCCGCGCAAAAAGAGAAGGAAGCGGCUCCUCCGAAGGUGAUCGUCCACAAGACCAACUACGAGAAAGAUGUCGUUUAUCUGUACCAAUUCUCGCGCACCCCGGUCCUGCCUUCGAUGUCGCCUUAUUGUCUCAAAGUGGAGACUUGGCUGAGGCUCGCUGGCGUCAAAUACGAGAAUGUAGACCACAAGAUGAAGUAUCGCUCCAAGAAGGGGCUGCUACCUUUCAUCGAGCUCAACGGCGAAGAGAUAGCGGACAGCGCAAUCAUUAUCAAAGAGCUAAGCCAGAAGUUCGGCAACGACCUGGACAUAGUGCUUACCACCGAGCAGCGCAAUCUGUCCCACGCGACGAUCAGCAUGAUCGAAAAUCAUCUCUCUUGGGUGGUCAUGUGGUGGCGAUCCAAGUAUCCGGACAGUGUGAUUAAAGGAUACAAGGUGAACCUUCAACAUGCACUGGGCACACGGAUACCCAACGGCAUCCUCAAUUUCUUCUUCAAAUUCGCGUACGGAAGAAAGUGGUUCCAGGGAGCGAAGAAAGUGAAAGCCCAAGGCAUGGGCGUCCACUCGCCCGAAGAGAUCAACGAGUUCGGUCAGGAGGACUUGAAGGUGCUUUCGGAAAUGAUCGCCGACAAGCCCUUCUUCUUCGGCGACGAACCGACGAACCUCGACGUCGUCGCUUUCGCUCAUCUCGCGCAGAUCUACUUCGUCGACAAGGAGGUCCAGUACACGCUGCGCGAUUUCAUGGUCGAGUCGUGCCCGAACUUGGUCGGCCACGUCAACCGCAUGAAGGAGCGCUGCUUCCCCGACUGGGACGACAUCUGCAACACGCUCGAUCUCAACUCCCACCUGCCGAAACCGGCGCCCGAAGAAGCGAAGGACAACAAAGAGGCGGCCAAAGACGAGAAGGAGAGCGGCGACAAGGAGAAGGAACCGGAAGACAAGGACAUCGAGAAGGAGAAGGCGGACGAGAAAGAAAAGGACAAGGCAAAAGAGAAGGAACAGGAGGAGAACAAGGAAAAGGAGGCCAAGUAAACCUCACUGUGGAGGCGCUCUGUCCUUUAUCCACCUCCCCACUCCCGACCCUUCUCCUUUCAUAUUUUUGUUUUUACUUAAACAUUCAUCUAAACAAAUAUGUCUCUAUGUCUGAUUAUGUGCAACGUUUAGUUUUUAAGUGUCAGCAUAUACCAUUUCACUGGAAGGUACCCGGUUUUCGAUUAGAAAAAAAUACUCCCCGACGGCAAAGUAUAUAGGACGGUUUUUAUCGACAAGAAAAUUGAUUAUAUAACUGCUAGUUAUGCAUACUAUUAAUUAUUGUUUGUAUAAAUACUUUUAGCUAGUUUUUUUUAUGUAAGCGCAUGUAUGGUCCUCCUGCCCCACGAACUUUGUAAGGCCCAAGUCCCUCCCAUUGCGUUUACGUGAGAAAAGCGUUGAAAAAAGUUCCCCCAGCCCCUCCCAAAUCACUAAGGGCCGUACAAAGUUUAUACAUGUUAGUGCAGUCUUUAUAAUAUAUGUACGAGAAAAUAUAAAUAACCGAGUUUAAUAGCGCAUUGUAUUCAUGAUGAUAUCCAUUCCACGUUUUUUAAUGUUGCAUUUAUCGUUUCUCGUUUCGACCUCGCGACUCGGCCGAAACUUGAGCACCGACCUUUCCACCCCCGACCCGCACAAAAACUGUCGGCGCGCGCGCGCGCGAGCCCGAGGACGAAACGGAAAGCUCCGGAUCGGAAAAGUAGCGAGUAAAAAGAAAAAAAGUAAAAAAUCGAACCUCAUUUUCAUUGUGUGUAGACUUUUGUAUUUUUUCUAAAUCCGACCGCCAAUCUCUCUCCGCGAGAACUUUCGGACCACUUUAAAUUUGUACCGACCGACAAUUUCGUAAUAAUGGAAAAAUUAAAAACGCUCAACAGGUAGACUAGCGUGUCCUUAGUUUUUUUUACUGUCAUAGGUUUAAAAUAAAAUGUGUUUAAUGCUAUAUAUUUAAAUAAAUAAGUUCAUAUUUUAAGUUUUAAACGAAA